CUUCGCGGCUUGCACGCUCUGCUCAACCUUCAACCUCAAAGUCAUCAUCGCAAACGAGGCGCCGCAAUUUAGUCGCUCCAAGUUGCUGUAGAGCAGCCCCGUGGUAAUCACAUGCCCGUCGAACGAUGACAAUCUCGCAUUCGUGGAACAGUGUUACAGGUACAAGAGCCAAUGGUCGUCUCAACAGGGCGAUGAAGCGGAUAGGCAACUGAAAAAGACGAUGGCGGAUCUGGAAAAGGCGCAGAUGACGGAACGCACGUUCGCCACACUCUCGGCUUCUUCUGGUCGUCGAUCGGUUUAUGCUGAGAGAUUACCAAGUGAUCCAAAAACCGGAAAUGUCGCAUCUGCAACAGGAAAACCACAUUUGCGAUUCUUACUGGAUUGGUCGUUGUCGGUCAUUCAAUCCGAGCGUGGGAUGACCAAUACGCUUCCGCUGCGUCAGCAGGACAUCCCGUCCAAGGACAAGGACAAGACCCUCUUGUCCGGAAAGUCUUGCACUCGAUGGACGGUCCUAAACAACCCCAAAUGUCACAUUCUCAGGAACGAGAUAAAUGUUGGCAAACAUGGUCGGACGACGGGUUUCACGUACGGACAAGUCAAUCCGAUACCCACCAUCAUCGACCCGAUCAUUGCAAACAUGAAAUUCGCAUCCAUGGCGAAUGCCUAUCGUCUCACGGUGGAUGACUGCGGUCAUGCAUUCUCUUUUGUCGGUCAUACUCAUGGACCAGUUGUGAAGUCUGGGGAUUCUGGAAGUCUUGUGCUCCAUGCACCUUCUGGAGACUGGCUAGGCCUUCUCUUUGGUUCGACUAACACCGGUGCCGGAUUGUUCACGCCGAUAGAUCUCGUUCUGAGAGAUAUUCAGACUGUGACAGGAUAUGAUGUUCUUGAACCAGCUUUCAACCCCAACUAGAUUUUGCUGUAGGAGAGGUGGAAAGCGGCGAAGCGCCCCAUAGCGGCGGCGUACAUAUCGCCGCAGGUAGGUUGGACAAGAUUCUUACUAGUACAGAUCGUAAAAGACAAGCAUUGAGUACUGGAAGGGCAUGCCAUUAGAUAUGAUUCUUGAAAAGGUUGAGAAAAUAAACUAUACUCACUCUUGCAUCUCGAAAACAAUCGAUACUGUGAUCCAGCAAUAUAUCUGAUACGACUAUCAUACCCCUAACACGAAUAUUGACCCGACAAGAGAUAGCUUCUGUUAUAGGAAGCCAUAUGAGAGUCACAAAUGGCAAAGUCCCUAGAAAACUGACAACGAGGGAUGCCUCAGGCACAUCAAUUAGACAUUGAAUCUUGCAUCAUAUAGUUGUGAAAUCAUCGUUCGAUGUAGUAGUUUGUGC